AUGUAUCAGCGAAUAGGCUCUUCUUCAUCAUCGUUUCUGAAACCUCCGAUGAUGCGAGUGCAUCAUGGUUCGAAAAUUAUUCCAAAUAUUUGUGGUAUCAACACUUCAUCAUUCCUUUUUCCAUCAUACACAACUAGACAACAACAUGUUCGAAAUUAUUCAUCCACAACAACAACUAUCAAUCAUGAUCAUUCACCAUCGUCCUCAUCCUCCUCAUCCUCGACCACACAAGGCUCUAUGAAUUGGCAAAAUCUCUAUCAUCUCUUAUUGAACAAUGACAACAAUUCUCAGCCACAUAUCUCUGAAGAUGGAACAACUCACAAAUCUCCAUCCACUAGUAGUAUGACUGUACCUACUUUUAAUCAUGUUUCUUCUUUAAAAUUCGAUUCUGUUAUGAAAGUUAUGCAAAAGCUUUCUCAACAAUAUGUUCAUAAAAUUUUCAUGGAAUUUAAGCAACUUGUUGUUGUUGUUGAUCAAUAUCCUCAAGUUGACUCUUCAUUGACUCAACACAUCGUUGAUCAAUUGAAAGAAAUUAUUCAAAAAGAAUCUUUACAAAAUGCUUUGUUAUAUUUUCACAAUCUUCCACAAAAGAAUCAUCCUUCCUAUAUUUUAUACUUGUUUCAAACCAUUCUCAACAAUCGUUUGACUUUAAAGAUAUUGAAUGAACAUGCUGCUGUGGAUUACAAAAAGAGUAUUGAAAAUUCAGUGAUGAGAAUUUUAGAAGAAUUUGAGAAAGCAACUGGUCCAUCUUGUUCUCCACUAACAUUUGCAAUAUACAAAUCAGCGAUUGAAUUAUUGCUAUUCUUUGAAGGUCAUGAAAAUGCAAUGAAAUUAUUUCAUAUUCAGUUUAUAAAAACAAUUUUCAAGAAGAAGAAGAAGAAGAUUGAAAAUGAUAAGACUCUAGCAACGAGUGGAGGAAUCGAUUCCAAGACUGAAAUUAUUUUUGAUGAAAAAUAUUUUACAGUCCAUGAUUUGAGAGAUUUAUUUCAUUUAAUGAUUGAAAGUAGAAUGAAUGACAAGCAAAGAGAUACUCUCAACACUGAUACAUACAAUGAUUCAUCACUUCAUUCAAUGAACACUCACUCGAUUGAUAUUGAUGAAUUAUUCAAAUAUUUAAAUACAACAUCUAAAAAUAUUUUAAAUGAAAAGAAUAUGAUUGGAUUUGAUUCAAAAACAUUUGAGUUAAUGAUUUUAAAUGCAAAAUCAUUUAAAGAAGCAAUCCAAGCAUUUGAAUCAAUUCCAUCGUUAUUGGAUGGUCCAUACACGACACAUCACUACAGUGCUCUGUUACAACAAGCUUUGAAAUUCAAUGCUCCAGUUGAAUCUAUUCAACAUUAUAUUUUACCUAAUAUAGAAUCUAAAUUAGACGAUUAUGGAUAUUCUCUGCUAUUAGAGUAUUAUGCAUCCAUGAGUGAUUUUACACAAGUGAAAUAUAUUUUUAAUCAAAUCAAUAAUCAAACUUUGAAUAAUAAUAAUAUCAAGAAUAUAACAAGCAAUUCUAAUAAUAAUAAUAAUUGGAUGUUGACCUAUCGAUCUGCUAUGAAAUAUCUUGGUCAUGAAAUGGAUUUACUUUCUCUCAUGAAAGCAUGCGUCAAAUUAGACAUUCCAAUCUCACAAUUCACUCAUUUACCAAAAUUUACGGGUAAACCAAUAGAUGUCAUUCCAUAUUUUGAAGAAUUCAUGAAAAUGUAUGAAGAUUCCUUAAGGAAUGAACAAGUCAUGAUUCUCAAAAGAAUGAUCACUCUCAUUGGACAAUAUUUUGGACUAAAUUCCAUAUCUUGCAUUUAUCGAUACCUUCUUCAGUCAUCCUUGAAUGUCACACAAACCAUGCAUUCCACUAGUACAACUAGUUCUACUACUACUACUACCAGUUCUACUACUACUACUUCGACGACAACUCCUCCUAUUGCAGUCUGGUCAGUGACACAAAAAUCCAUACUCAUCAAUCAAUUGAUUCAAUACAUGACCACUCAGAAUAUGGAUGUAGCAUUACAAUGGUUUUCAAAUUCUUGCAAAAACAACAACUCAAUCACUCUUGAAAAUGAAACCUUUCAAUUAUUAUGUCAUCAAUUGAAUGAAAGUGCCAUCACUGAAGAUGAAAAGAAAUUUGCAUUAGAAUUUUUCAAAACUCACUUUAAAAAGUUUACAAAUGAUCAAGUCAUUCAAGAGAAUGGAUUACCAUGCACACUACAAGAACUCGCUUUUAAUAUUUGGAGAUUGAAAAUUGAAGAACCAAUUGCAAAGGCAAGCUUUGAACAUCUCAAGAAGAAUAUCAAGAGAUAUUUGAAAGAACAUGGAAGUGUCAAUGAUGAUGAUCAAAUAGAUAGUAAUGAUCAAAGUCAUGUCAAUAAUAGAAUUGACACUAAUAACCAUGACAGAAUAGAAAUUACCAAUCAUCAUACUCUCAGUAGAAUGGAUCAAGAGGACAACAAUAGCAUGGAUCAACACGACCGUCAUUAUGACGAUCAUCAAAAGGAUCAUACAAGUAUGGCCACCGCAAAAUUAGUGAGUGAGGAAUUUAUCAUUGAGAGAGUCAUUGAAUCACUUUGUAAGACGAAUCGAACGUUACAUGCAGCGAAUAUUUUCUCUCAAUUAUUAUCCGAGUUGGAGAAGAUGAUGAAUGAUACAACUAUAACCAGUAAUUCUACUACUACUACUACUUCUAUCACCACGGGCACUUCCACUACUACUACUACUACCAUCGAGCAAGUUCUACAUCUCAUACCCUCAUGCUAUGAAUUUUUGAGCAAAUUAUUUCACAUCAUUUUUGAACACAUGGCGGAAUCCUUUGUGAACACAAUGGAAUCACAUGCAUUUCUACCACAGGCAUCAUCACAAUCAUCAUCACAAUCACUACUACUACUACAUGAUCAUACAAUCCUUUCGACAUCACCAUCUGAGCAACAACAACAAGUGAAACGCUACUCUCGAAUGAUGACCUUCUAUGAACAAGUCAUUCACAAAAUUCCCUCUCUUCAACACAAUACUCACACCUUGAGAAUAUAUUUAAAAGCACAUUUACAUACUGAACAUUUUCAAUCCAUUCUAUUGAAGAGAUAUCCAAUGAUGAUGGAUCACAAUGAUGAUACUAUGAGUAAUCACACUUCUGUACUCACUUCUGAGAGUCGUGUGUGUGCGAACUCUUAUCUGAUGGAUACACCAACAUGUAACUUGAUACUUUUAUAUUUAUUGAAACAUGAUCAUAUCGUUACAUCUCAGAAAGUUCGUUUAACAUUUGAAAAGAAAAUUGAAGACAUGACUUGGUAUCUUGAGAGUUUUCCAAAUCAUGAAACUUAUGUUUUAAUGUCUCAAUAUUAUUUUGAAAUUGUUGGAAAUGAUGAAAAGGCAAUUCAAGUGUGUCAUACUUUGAUUAGACUCUAUCCUCAAAUGAUUACAUCCUAUCAUGUAUUACUUGAUAUUUAUUCAAAACAAAAUGAUUUGAAUGAUAUUGAUCAUGUGUAUUUAUUGAUACGACAAAAUAAGGCAAUUCCAAAUUUAGAAACUUUUAGAAAACUUAUUUUAUCCUAUUUGAAACACAAAAAUUACAUCACGACUGCCAUUUCAUUAUUCAAAGAAAUGUAUCAAGUUUAUCAAAUAAUUCCAACAGAUGAUAUUACUCUUAAUAUAUUUGAUACAUUACAAGAUUCCAAUUUGAGAAAGGGUUUUGAAUUUCAAAAAUCAAUCUUUGAAUCCGUACUAUCAUUGAGAAAUAACUUUGAUGGUGAUUCUAGAACAUUGAAAGCCAUUGAGAAAUUUUUAACUCUCACUACAAGUUGUUUCUUGAGAGGAAUGGAUCGAAUUGCACUUGAAGAUUCAUCUCUCAUAUAUUCUGUGUUGAAUAGGAUUGUUAAUGGUAAUACAUGCACUGUGGAUCACAAAUCUUCUUCUAACAACAAGUUGAAUUCCACUCCUUGUCCAACUAAUUCUACAAUGGCUAUGAACAUUUCAAAACCAUGGAAUACUAGUACUACUAGUACUACUACUACUAUUAUCAACAACAACAACAAGACAUCACCAUCACACUCCUCUUCGACCUUUCACUCCACACCAAACAUUCCAUGUAAUAAUGAAAUUUAUUACUAUUCCACAUUAUUAUUCAUGAAACUUGUCAUGAAACACAAGAACCAAAAUCGUAACAAUGGUAAAGAACCGCCACUCCGUAAAUAUCUUCCAUAUAUGAACAUUGGAACUUUAAAUGGUAUUUUAACAUCUUUGUUUCGACAACAUUAUUUCUCUGCUGUAUGGAUUCUAUAUAAUAUGAGACCAAGAGAAUUGAAAGGAGAUUUAUUAACAUUUUAUAUACUCACUCAAUGUUGUAGAGAUGAUUCAGAUUAUUUUGAACUUAAAUUAUUAUUUCAAGAAAUUUAUGACAAGAAUGAAAAUUACUUUUCAAUGAUGAUUCAUUUAGAAGAUGAAUUCUCAAUGAGUACCUUAUUGAAUCGAUAUAUAGGAUUAACUUUGAUUUAUGAACCUGAUCGAGUAUUUCAAGUCAUUGAGAAUCUAAUUUUACAUGAUCAAUUAUUUGAAAUUUCACCUUUGAUGCGAAUGAGAGUCAUGCAUGAAGCUAGAAAAUUGAAUCGAACAGAUAUUGAAAGAAAAUUAGCAUUGUUAGGUAAUGAUUCAUCUGGCAGCACUUCAAUGAGAGAACAACAACAACAAACGGUUACAAAAGAAAAGUUGUGA